AUGACCAAAAUCGACGCCCUCCGUCGAGUAUUCCUCCCUUGUUUCACCCCUACCGCCACCAUCUCCGACCACCGUACCACCAACCCCACCACCAAGAAACGCCUCAGCACCUCCCUCCGCGAUGACAUCAUCAACCCAUCAACACAAACACAUGAAAAACACACACUUUCAGAUCACCAACAAGAUCACGACGACGACUCAGAUUCAUCAUCCCCCUUCGUUCUCUCCUCCUACAACCCAAUCGCACCACCACGAUCCUCCAAAACAAUGGUCAUCGGAACCAUCUUCGGCCACCGCCGCGGCCACGUCUGGUUCGCCGUCCAACAUGACCGUCUCAAAACCAGACCUUACCUCCUCCUCGAACUAUCCAUCCCAACCCAAUCACUCGUCCAAGAAAUGCGGUUCGGACUCGUCCGGUUAGCCCUCGAAUGCCACAGCUCGCCGGAAUCUGAUCUUGGAUCAAUCCCACUUCGUUCAAUCCCCCUCUGGACUAUGUUCUCUAACGGCCGGAAAGUUGGGUUUGCCGUCCGGAAAAAGGCCACCGAACCCAUCCGUCUGAUGCUGAAAUCGAUACAGUCGACGACGGUGGGUGCCGGCGUUAUUCCAUCUUUCGGGUUUGACUCCGAUGCCGACAAGUGUGGCGAACUGAUAUACAUGAGGGCUAGCUAUGAAUGCAUUGUGGGUGGACCAGACUCGGAAUCUUUUCACCUGAUCAACCCAGAUGGGUGUUUGGGUCAAGAACUCAGCAUCUUCUUGAUGAGGUCUCGGUGA